AUGAUGCAGAAUCAGGACGGGGUUGGGAAGUGCAGCUCAGCUAUGAGAGGAAGAAGCAGAUCAUGGGACGAUGAGGAUUCGAUUGAAGUUUUUGAUGAGUUAAGGAUCUGGCGAGGGGAGGUAGAAGGAAGCAGGGAUCUGCGGUAUGGAGUGUGGGGCUCGGAUGAUUCUGAAUGGAUCCAAUCGUGCAUCGAAAGGUACUCAGAGAACUUCGUGCCAAGGUUCAGAGGAACUGGGAACAAGAGCGAGGGAUGCGAAGAGAGGAUCCCAAGGAUCAUCCAUCAUAUCUGGAUUGGGGGAAAGCUUCCUGGAAAGUUCCAAUCUCUUCGAGAUGAGUGGAUAUUGCUGCAUCCUGCUCAAGAGGGAUGGAAGCAUUACCUGUGGGAUGACGAGUCGAUCGCUCAGGAAUUUUCAUCCAAUCCCAUGGACAGUGCUGGCAGUUAUGCGAGUGCCUCAAACUAUGGUGAGAAGAGCGAUAUCUUGCGACUGGAGGUGUUGAACAGAUUUGGGGGGGUUUACGUUGAUGUUGACUUCAAGUGUAUUCGUAGCUUCCACGACAUAUUGGGGCUAUCGAACGUAGGACAUAUCGAGGUAAACAACGGGUUGAUAGGCUCUGCUCCCCAGCACCCACUGCUCAAGGUGUUGCCCUUGUGGCACUUAGUUCCUAGCACGAGUAUGCCUAGUGACAGACUCCUUUGCGCUCUUUCCUCUGGAAACGAGACGAUUUGCAAAACAGGAACAAAGUUUGUCAAUUCUUUCAAACUUGACCGGCAGACAGGCCCUGGAUACUUUACGAGAAUGAUGAUAUCGGCAUGGAAGGAGAAGCUUCAUAAGCCUCAUGGAGUCGAUGAUUUGGAGUGGAUUGUCCUUCCAGUGAGGUAUUUCUAUUCCCUGCCUAACAACCAUGGGGAUUUUGAGAAGAACUGGCAAACCAUCGACCUGAAGACGGUUCAACUCAACCAUCAUCUGUACCACAUGACGGCCCAUCGCAGGACUAUCACGCUGAUGUCCAUGCUAUUCAUUUGUGGGCACACUCUUGGGAGAGCAACUCCAGCACCCAGAACGAAGUCAAUGUCGAAAACCAACAAGAAAUGA